UAAUUCGUAAUUAAUAAAAUAUAUAAAUCUAUAUCUUCGAGUAGUUGAGGUGGAUUCGUCCGGAAAUGAGGCUCGAUUGGUUUCUCCCACUUCCGGUUCUUUAGACAACAACGUAGUGCACAUGGGGCGCAGUAGCUGGAGUCGGACAGCGUUUUAACACCCUGCAGAUAUAUUACAUUACAGCUUUUGUGUAGUAGUAAAGUAGUAAAGUAAAGUAAGUAGUGAGUGUAAAGUAUAGUAUAUAUAGUAUAUUAUUAUAUUAUAUAUAUUAUAUUAGAGGAGCGACAGCAUCAUCAGUGAGUAUGAGUAAGAAGAAAUCAGGCACUCUGGGCAGAGCUCUGAUCAAAGAGAGACUGCAGGCAGGCCGAGGAAACAAGAGGGGCGACACAUGGCGCCACACCAGUGAGCUGAAUGAUGGCUAUGACUGGGGACGGCUGAACCUGCAGUCAGUGACAGAACAGAGUUCCAUGGAUGACUUUCUGGCCACUGCUGAAAUGGCAGGAACAGAGUUUGUUGCAGAGAAACUCAACAUCAAGUUUGUGCCAGCGGAAGCCAGAGCAGGCUUAAUAACAGCUGAGGAGCGAACCAGGCUGAAGAAGCUGCAUGAAGACAACAAGCAUUUCCUCAGAAUUCCUCGACGCCCCCACUGGGACGAAGGCACCAGUACAGAAGCGCUUCAGCUAGCAGAGAAAGACAGCUUCUUGGAGUGGAGACGAGUGCUUGCACAGCUGGAAGAGGAACAGAAGUUAAUUCUCACCCCGUUUGAGAGGAACCUGGAGUUCUGGAGACAACUGUGGAGAGUGAUCGAGAGGAGUGACGUCGUCGUUGUAAUCGUCGAUGCCAGAAAUCCUUUGCUGUUCAGAUGUCCUGACCUGGAGUUGUACGUAAAGGAAGUGUCGGAGCAUAAGGAGAACAUGCUGUUGGUGAAUAAGGCCGACCUGCUGACCAGGGAGCAGAGGCGAGUCUGGGCCAAAUAUUUCCAGAAAGAGGGGCUGAGGGCAGUUUUCUGGUCCGCCCUGGCUGAGAACGAGAGACUUGACGCAGAGGAAAAGGGCAUGGAAGUGGAGGAUCCAGAGUGUGUAGAGAGUGACCCAGAAGAGGAAGGACAGCCAGACAAUGAAGCCAUGAUACAAGAAGGGGCGGCUGGAGAGGAGGAGGACGAAAAGGAGGACGAAGAGGGACAAGAGAGUGGCACAGACGAAGAGCAGCAGGUAAAGAUAAGUGUAGAUGAGGAGGACUGGCACAGCUGCUCAGAAGAUGAAGAAGAGAAAGGGACUGUUGGCUCAUCCAGUAAAUCCUCCUUCCACAACUCCAGCCGUCUGCUGCAUAAGGAAGAGCUGCUUGAGGUGUUUAAGGCUGCUCACAGCGGGCCCAGGUGUAAAGAAGGAGAACUCACAGUGGGACUGGUCGGGUAUCCUAAUGUGGGAAAGAGUUCCACCAUCAACACUAUUUUUAGGAACAAGAAGGUGUCUGUCUCAGCCACUCCUGGACACACGAAACACUUUCAGACUCUGUAUGUGGAGCCAGGCCUCUGCCUCUGUGACUGCCCAGGUCUGGUCAUGCCCUCCUUUGUUUCUACCAAAGCUGAGAUGAUCUGCUCUGGGAUCCUGCCCAUUGACCAUAUGAGAGAUCACGUACCUGCAGUCUCACAUAUAUGUCAGGUGAUCCCUCGGCAUGUGGCAGAAGGCACCUACGGCAUCAACAUCAUCCGACCACGAGAAGACGAAGACCCCGACAGGAUCCCCACCUCUGAGGAGCUGCUGAUGGCGUAUGGAUACAUGAGAGGCUUCAUGACGGCGCAUGGCCAGCCGGAUCAGUCCAGGUCAGCCCGCUUCAUCCUGAAGGAUUUUGUCUCGGGAAAGCUUCUGUACUGCCAUCCGCCUCCACAUAUUGAUGCUCAAGACUUCCAGCCGCAGCACAACAAGUUCCUGAAUGGAGACUCGGACGGCUGUGGCCUCUCCUACACAACAACAAACAAACCCAGGAAAAUCAAGAGAAUUGAAAAUGUGGUUGACAAGAACUUCUUCCAUCAGGCGAAUGUGCGGGCGCUCUCCAAGGGGGUUCAGUCUGUUAUGGGCUACAAGCCAGGCAACGGACCUGUCGGCCCGAAACAACCUGGAACAGAGACGGUGGUGGGAAAACCCUGGAAAAAACACGGCAAUGCGAACAAGAAGGAGAAAAUACGCCGUAUUACCAAGCAUCUGGACGCUUGAAGAUGAUCCGAAAUCAAAGCUCUUUAAAUUACAGAUCAUUUCAGCGGGAAUGGAAAAACCCUCAACUAUAGUUCACACGUGAUUCCAAAGGAAUUAAUGCUGAGCAGCAUCUGUAGGUAGAUGUGGGCCCUUUAAUCUUGUGUGUGCACUUUGAAAGGAUAUAUGAUCGUGUCAUGUACCGCUCUGGUUAGAAGAUUAUAUUAGUGCAAUGCAUUCCAUCAACUGGAUCACCAGUUGUACACCAGAUCUCACCACGGUGUUCGGAAACGGACUCAACAUCCAGCGGGUGUGAAUUUUGAAGACAUUGAAGAAGACUUUUUCAUUUUGUAUUUGAAAGGCGUUUCAAAAGACACAUCACAAUGUCUACAGUACCCAGAUAAAUCACUGUGUGUUUGAUAAUGCUUUUAUCCAGAUAUACAGUUUUGAUUAAUGUAAUUAAGAUGGAUUAUGAAAAUAAAUUGAAUAUUUUCAUGUUAGUGCAUAACUUCUUUACUCCAUUAUCACAAAGCUAUCAUUGGUUAUUGCUGCCCAGUGCAACGGUGGAAAGGAAAAUAAUCAAGAAUAUUUGCAAAUGUAGGGCAUAUGCAUUCAUAUAGAGGUUCAUCUUUUUAAAAGCUUUAUUUGCUGCAGUUUAUAAGUAUAAAAAUGUACAUUAAUCAAUAUUUUAAUGUCAACAUUAAACACAAAAUGACUU